UCUUUAUCUAUAAAAGCCAUGUUCUAGUGUCAGGAAUUUAUUUCUCAACAUAUCUUCAAGAUAGAUUAGACUAUCAGGUCUUGCACUUCGAGACUUAGCCACUAUGGGGUAUUACCCGCUGUUGUUUGGGGCGCUGGUGUCCAUGGUGCUGUGUACAACGGUGGCCGAGGAGAAAAAAUGCAGUGCCCCAGUUGACCUACUUUUCCUCGUAGACAAAUCUGCCAGCAUCAAGCCUCACCAGUUUAAGGUGGAAAAAGAAUUCGUUGCAAAAAUGAUCGAAAAGUUCGACAUUGGACCAGAUAAAGUCCGAGUGGGACUCGUCUUGUUUGCCAUUAAAGCUCACAACAAAUUCUGUUUUAACAAGUAUUCCACCCAGGAAGAAGUGACAAAGGCAGUAGCUGGACUCGACUGCCCAAAAUGUGAACGAGGAAAAACUGGCACCGGAGCUGCCCUCCAGAUGGGGCGAGAAGUCUCUCUGACCAAAGAAUGUGGAGCUAGGGAAGGUGUCAAGAAAAUUGUGGUCGUCUUGACAGACGGCAGAUCUACAGAGAGCCCCAAGUAUCUGAAGCAACAGGCUGCCUUGAUGAAAGAAAGGGCCCAGGUGAUCAGCAUCGGUGUGGGGAAAGUAAAGAAGUCGGAACUGGAACUUUUGGCGUCUGAUAAAAGCUUGGUCUUCAUGACUAGUGAUUUCUCGAAACUCCUGCCCAUGUUGGAGAACGUAGCUACCAAAGCGUGCGAAGUUGCCGAGAAAGAACCGACUCCCGCGCCGACAUUGGCUCCAACAAUCGCUCCGACAAUCGCUCCGACAAUCGCUCCGACAAAGGCUCCAACAUUGGCUCCCACGCUGCCGCUCACGGAGCCUCCCACGGAACCGCCCACGGAACCGCCCACGGAACCGCCCACGGAGCCGCCCACGGAACCGCCCACGGAGCCGCCCACGGAGUCGCAAACUCCAGCCCCCUGCACUGCUCGUCUGGAUUUGCUUUUCCUCGUGGAUAAAUCCGCCAGCAUCAAACCAAACCAGUUCCUGAAGGAACGGGAUUUUGUACGGGAAGUGAUCUCGAACUUUAAAGUGAGCCCGACUGAUGUCAAAGUGGGUUUGGUCCUGUUCGCUAACGGUGUCCACGACGUAUUCAACUUUAACAAUUUCAGCACUACAGCUGACGUGUUGAAGGCUGUUGAAGAGCUGAGUUGCCCCACAUGUAAACGAGGAAAGACUGCCACCGGAGCUGCCCUGGAGUUUGGACGAAAGUUCUCCCUGACCGAGGCGUGGGGUGCCAGGCCGGACACCCCAAAAGUCGUCGUUGUAUUGACGGACGGCAAAUCUACGGAGCCACCAACGUACCUGAGGGAACAAGCCAUCCAAAUGAAGCGCACCGGCGCCCUGGUGAUCAGUAUCGGUGUCGGUCACAACAUCCAGAAGAGCGAGCUGCGUGUUCUGGCCUCGGACAGGUCGCUCGUAUUUACGGCUCAAGACUUUGACAAGCUUGACCACAUCCUGAAUGAAGUUUCUACCAAAACGUGUGAUGUUGCUGUAAAAGAUCGUGUGUUCAAUGCGAAACUGGACGUUCUUUUUCUGGUCGACGAAUCUUCAAGCGUUGGAGUAGACAAUUUCAAGCUGGAGCUGAGCUUUGUUCGCAAUGUCACCCGGAAAUUUUCCUUGGGUGUCAAAGGUUCUCUGUUCAGCGUUGCCAAAUUCUCCACUGACGUUUCGGAUGUGUUUUGCUUCAAUGACGUACAAAAUAUCGACGACAUUUAUAGGAAAUUGGACAAAGCAGAAUUCCAAGGAGGAAAAGAGAGGAACAUUGGGAAGGCCUUCAAACACGCACUAUCCAAAUCAUUCACAGCUAGAUGUGGAGCCCGCCAAGGAGUGCCCAAGCUUGUCAUUCUCCUUACAAAUGGGCCCUCUGCUAACACAAAACUUGCCAUUAGAGAAGCCAAGCAGUUGGUCCACUUUGGUGUAUCCACCAUUUCCCUGGGUAUCGGCUCUGGUUUGGAUCUUCAAGCGCUUCAGUCACUCUGCUCCAGUGACGACAUGGCGUUUCAUCGGGACGUAUUCUCUCAAAUCUCCGGGUUGGUGACGACAGUCUCCUUGGUGAUUGAGGAAGUUGCUCUCCGACCUGGACUCGACGUUCCUUGCUGGAAGAAGGAACUUUGCGCCUUUAACCUGGUUUGCCGCAAGGUAAAGGGCUCGAGACGUUGCAGUUGCAAAGGGAAACAGUUUUUUGACACGCAGGAAAGCAGGUGCCGCAAGCGCGUUUCUAACAAGAUUCCAGUGCCAGGGUACCAAGAGCGGUGUUCACGGAAGUGCCAGUCAAACCUGGAGUGUUUAGAGCAGGGCUCACAAAAACAGUGCUUGUGUGCCGAUGGAUUCUAUUGGGAUGAAGAUGCAGAAUUGUGUAAACAAAACGCUUUGCCCGGCUACAACGAACAAUGUGACAUGUCAUGCAAGUCCAACCUACAGUGUUUACAGCAUGGCUCGAAGAAACUGUGCCUGUGCGCUGACGGUUUCUCUUGGGAUGCAGACGAGGAGCAGUGUAAACAAGAGAAUUCAUUGCCUGGGUACAACGAAGAAUGUGACAAGUCGUGUGAAUCCAACCUGGAGUGUUUACAGCAUGGCUCGCAGAAACUGUGCCUGUGCGCUGACGGUUUCUCUUGGGAUGCAGACGAGGAGCAGUGUGAACAAAAUUCAUUGCCCGGGUACAACGAAGAAUGUGACAAGUCGUGUGAAUCCAACCUAGAGUGUUUACAGCAUGGCUCGCAGAAACUGUGCCUGUGCGCUGACGGUUUCUCUUGGGAUGCAGACGAGGAGCAGUGUGAACAAAAUUCAUUGCCCGGGUACAACGAACCAUGUGACAAGUCGUGCGAGUCCAACCUACAGUGUUUACAGCAUGGCUCGCAGAAACUGUGCCUGUGUGCUGACGGUUUCUCUUGGGAUGCAGACGAGGAGCAGUGUGAACAAGAAAUUUCAUUGCCCGGGUACAACGAACAAUGUGACAGGUCGUGCGUGUCGAACCUUGAGUGUGUACAGCAUGGCUGCCAGAAGCUUUGCCUGUGUGCCAAAGGUUUCUUCUGGGAUGCAGACGCGGACCAGUGUCAAAAAGAAAAUGCAUUGUCUGGGUACAAAGAACUAUGUGACAAGUCGUGUGUGUCCAACCUGGAGUGUGUACAGCAUGGCUCGCAGAAACUGUGCCUGUGCACUGACGGUUUCUCUUGGGAUGCAGCCGCGGAUCAGUGUCAAAAAGAAAAUGCCUUGCCUGGGUACAACGAGCAAUGUGUCAAGUCGUGCGGGUCAAACAUGGAGUGUGUACAGCAUGGCUGCCUGAAAUUGUGCCUGUGUGCUAAAGGUUUCUUUUGGGAUGCAGACGCAGACAAGUGUUCUAAAGAAUCUAUGAUGAACGAAAUGCUGGUCAAAUACCGGCAUUUCAGAGACUGAUUACGAGAUGGCCUGAAGACGAAAGUUUCUGGUGAUUAACGAAAGCUUGGCCAGUUUUCAUGACGUCUCGUGCGAUCUACCAAGCAGAACUUGCUACCGUCACCAAAACUUUGUACUAAAAUCCACCAAAAUGCCAUGUUUGUAUCGAUAUUUGUUACCAAAUAAAUGAUAUACAUAUCGAA